UGCAGUGUGAGCUGAGAACCAGGAAGUGCAGAGUGCAUGGUGAGAAUGUGCAGGUGAAGCUCUCCUGGCAAAGCAUUUCCUUGGAUACAGGACUGGAAAGCUGAUCAGGUCCAUAUUGAAAGGACAACCCCCGCAGCACAAGCAUGGUUUGCGCUUUAGGAGAAGAAUAUAGGAUAUGUUCUUGCAAUCACUCCUGCAUCUCCACAGAGUGUGUUCACCAUGCUAUUCUUAGGACUCAUAGCAUUUGCAUGGUGUCUGACUUUUUUUAUCCCAAUAUGGGAGGUGUGGAGAGUCAUAUUUAUCAACUAUCCCAGUGCCUGAUUGAGCGAGGACACAAAGUCAUAGUUGUCACUCAUGCCUAUGGGGAUAGGAAAGGCAUCCGUUAUCUCACCAACGGUCUGAAAGUAUAUUAUUUACCUUUAAAAGUCAUGUAUAACCAGUCUACUGCAACAACUCUUUUGCAUAGCCUUCCUCUGCUCAGGUAUAUUUUUGUAAGGGAACGUGUCACUAUCGUCCAUUCGCAUAGCUCAUUCUCUGCAAUGGCUCACGAUGCUCUCUUCCAUGCUAAGACAAUGGGACUCCAUACUGUGUUCACGGACCACUCACUCUUUGGCUUUGCUGAUGUCAGCUCAGUGCUCACCAACAAACUUCUCACAGUUUCUUUGUGUGAUACAACUCACAUCAUCUGUGUAUCUUACACCAGCAAAGAAAAUACUGUGCUCCGAGCAGCACUGGAUCCUGAAAUUGUCUCUGUGAUCCCAAAUGCUGUUGACCCCACGGAUUUCACUCCAGACCCACUUAAGAUAAAGGAGAACAAAAUUACCAUUGUGGUUGUUAGCAGACUUGUAUACAGAAAAGGGAUUGAUCUCCUAGGUGGUAUCAUUCCUGAAAUGUGUCAGAAAUACCCAGAACUGCAUUUUAUUAUUGGUGGUGAGGGGCCUAAACGAAUCAUUUUAGAAGAAGUGCGAGAAAGAUACCAACUCCAUGACCGAGUACAACUCUUGGGUGCAUUGGAGCAUCAGGAAGUACGGAAUGUACUGGUGAAAGGAGAAAUCUUUCUAAAUACAUCUUUGACAGAAGCUUUCUGUAUGGCAAUUGUAGAAGCUGUUAGCUGUGGAUUGCAGGUGGUGAGCACAAGAGUAGGUGGCAUUCCUGAGGUUCUGCCAGAGAAUUUAAUUAUUCUUUGUGAACCCUCUGUGAAGUCGCUUUGCAGUGGUUUAAAGAAAGCUAUAGAUAACAUGAAGUCCGGAACCUUACCGAGUGCCGAUGCAAUCCAUAAGGAAGUGAGGGAAUUUUAUACUUGGAGAGAUGUCGCUGAAAGGACUGAAAAAGUGUAUGAUCGGGUAUCACGUCAGACUGUAUUACCAAUGAACAAGCGACUUGAACGACUUAUAACGCACUGCGGCAUGGUCACAGGCUGUAUUUUCGCUCUGUUAGCCAUAGUUAGUUACAUAUUCCUGAUCUUUCUACGAUGGAUGACUCCUGAUUCUGUGAUUGACAUUGCUAUUAAUGCCACUGGACCUGAAGGGGCUUGGACCAGACAUUAUCCUCCUAAAAAAUCACUGAGAAACUGACCUUUUACUAUUACUUUAGUAGAGUAUUGCACUGUAUCCUACUGCCAAUGCUAUGUCCGUAUGACUUGAGAGCCACCGAAAACAUAUACAUUAUAAAGUUAUUUACGAAAGUGAGAAUUCAAACUAAAUUCAAAGGAGCAUUCUAGCUUUAGGAAUCCAAUCAUGUAUUUCUAAAACUAGAGUGUUAUGCUAACUAUUUAGAUUAAGUAAAAUAAAUAGUUCUUACUUAUCUUUAUUUCCAGGUGCGCUGGUCUCGCCAUUCCACCUUUGGCUG